AUGCCCGACCAUCUGCCACACAUCAUGAAACCGUCCUUCAGAUGGCACUGGAGGUCGUGGGAAGACAUCAAGGCCGCUUCGACCUUCACACUCACCAACUACACGAACUUCAUCCUCCUCAUCAUAUUCGUCGCCCUUGCACUGAGGCAGAUAAGGUCACAGCAGGCGGCCAUCAAGAAAUCUAGCCAUGAGAAGCGCUUUCUCAAGGCCGACGACUUUCCCCCAGUAGAAGAACAACAAGACUUUGACUGGAAGACCACCAAGCCCCUCCAAUACCGACCUUUCAAGCCGAAAUACCACUUGACAAUGGCUCUCGAAAAACUCAAUCCGACCGAGCUUCUGGUCAUGGAUGACACGUACGCCGACCGCAUGGCCUACCGGCGGCGCAUCAUCGCCGAGAACGGCAAACACGUCGUCAACGUCAACGACGACGCACGCAUCCGGCCCGCGGUGGUCGAGCUGUACGUGUUCCUAAUGGGCACGUAUCUCCCGCUACGCUUCCCACAGGUCUUCAAGCUGCACGAGACGGAGUACGAGCAGGGCAAGACGUACAUGCUCGAGAACACGGUCACGGGCUCCUUGUUUCCGGCCAAACCAUCCGCGACUACGUCCACGACAAGCUUACUCGAGAUCCUCGGCCGAACAGUCGACGAGGACUUCCUCUUCCUCGUACCGGAACAAGGCGGCGGCGACGACGACCCGAAGUACGUCUUCGAAGCGUAUGUCCUUGUGUGCCCGUCCGGCUUCGACCCGACGGAGAAGAUCGGCAAGCGGCUUGCCGCCAUCCACACCCCGGUGCCCGGCUACAGCUCCAAGCUGGAAGCCAGCAUGGACCGAUUCUUCUCCAAGAUCGAGGUCGGCCAGUACGUUCGUCGCGUCAACUGGGCCAUCACGACGAACACGGACCUGUACUCCCCGGGCCAUGGGACAAACCACGCUCACGAGGGCGACGAAAUCGAAGAACUGGACGAAGUUGAUAUCGACAAGACGUUUAUGAGGUGUGAGCGACAGACCCUGCACCGCCUUCCGAAAUCCAAGGCCCUGGUGUUUGCGUUCCACACCUACCUCUACCCCAUCGAGCAGAUCAAAAAAGAAGGUGGAGGAGAAGACCUCGCCAAUGCCAUUGACGGGUUGAAGAUGGGCAACGUUCCGGCAAUGCAUUUCUACAAACGAGGCGCCGUCUGGGGUGAGGCUGUCAAGAGAUAUCUCCGAAGCUAA